AUGAAAGAUCAGAUUUCUAGAGCCCUUGCAACAAGAAAUUUGAAGUUGAAUGACAAGGAGUUAUUGGAUGUGACCAACUUGGCUAAACGGUUCGACAAAGAAUUGUCUCCACCCGUGAAUCGCUACAAGCCCACAGAACAGGCGGUAUCCAAGCCAUCAGAGUAUGAAGAUUACUUAGCAAAACUAAGACUUCACUAUCUUAUUACCGGGCAGCUUGAAGCUCUACAGAGCAAGUGGGAAUCUAUCAAGCUUUCCAAGGGGUUAACUUCAGCUGAAGAGUAUGUCAUGGCUUCGGCGGCUGAGGAAAUAGGAGAAAGAAAUCCCGUCUUGUACACCUUCAUGCGCACUCAGCUUCGCCGGAAUGUCAUUGAGAGCAUCACACCUCAGCUAGAACGAUGGCAGCGCCAGCUGAAUCAAAAUUUACUGAAUCGAGAUCUGCAAUCCUAUUUCCCAACUAUCUUCUCAGAAGAGCUUUCCAAGCCGCACGUUAACCGGCCGCGUCUCGACUUGGAGGAAUUCUCAAAAGCUCGAACCGCUCAGCUACAAUCACUGGAAGGCGCCGCUUCUUUAAUACCUGAGCUCAACACACCAGUUGCCCUUGAAGAAAGUGGCGAUUCAAUUUUCGCGGUGGGGAAGGCUUUGCGAAAUACGCCUUCUGAUGGUGGGUUGAUGAAUGUUCUAUAUAACUACUCAACAGUGAAAGGAUUCCAAAACAUCCUACAACACGUCAUCACCGCCACGCACAAACUUCUUCUGAACGAGCUCGAAAAGCCAGUCCUUGUCGCGUUCACCAAACCGUUAGAGUUGAAACCUUCGUUGGAGUCAAUCUUCAAAAGUCUCAGCAAAGAAGACGUCGAGUGGCGUGAAGACUUCUUCCAGAAGUUUUAUGGCACGUUGGCAACUCCACCAAUCGUAUUUGCACAGCUCAAGGGUCUUCCCGAAGACGAAAUACACAUCCGCACUGCCCUUGGUAAUCAUGCCGAUUUCAUUGACUCCUUGCCCGCGAAGGACGAGCAUGAACUCUGGGAGGCUUCAUCUGAUCGUGGACGGUUCGCGAAACGGCUAGAUGAAAUUGAGCGCCGGUUCAUCAAAGAAAACAAAGACUUGACACGAUUGAAAGAUUUCAGAGACCAAGCCGUUCACCCCGACGCGGUUGUUGAACGCCCAUUUGUCGAAAACCUAUACCAACAAGGCAUUAUUGAUGACGCCAUUCGACAAGAACUGAAUCCAUCUGGGGGGCUAUCUCGUGCAAAUUUUCUAAAAGCUCUGGGAAAGCAGGAAGAUUUUGUCAGGCGUAUAAUGAAGAAGCUUCAAUAUAACCUUUCUGACAAACUAGACGCGUCGGAAGGCAAAUCUGGAGAAAUUGCCGUGCGCACCACUGAACGACUUGCACAAUUCCAAAUAAAACAGCUUAACGCAGAGGCCAAGUCCAUCUAUGUCACACCCGGCCUAUUUGCAGACCCCCCUUCGUACAACUUUGACAAAGCACUAGAAGUCUAUCAGCCAGAUAACAUCAAGAAGCUCGCCAAUCGUUUGGAAAACAAGGAAUUGUUCACCAAGGCCUACAUUGAAGCCCUUUUCUCGCCGAAAUCUCCCGUCGUGGGAUACAAAUCAAAGAUGGAUGAAUUUUUAAGUCAAAUCAAAAUACCACAAUCUGGGCACCUCAUGGACCCAAUCAACAAAGAAGGCAUAACCAAUCAACUACGUGACUUUGACGAAAGAUUGUCUGCGAUAUACCUGAAGCCGCUAGAAAUUCGGGAUUCGCGAUUGGAUAGAACCCCUUACGCAAGAUUGACAGAUCAUGCACGGGAGAACCUCAAUAAGAUAGCGCACGACAUUUACUCUCGGCGUCAAGAACUGGAUAAACUCUUAUCAAUCAAGACAACCUGGGAGGCUGAGAUAGAGAAAUUCGAACAAGAGCAUCUACUACAAAUCCCACAGAUGCUCAAAAUAAUGGAAUCUUCCUUGCACGACACCAAUGCAUAUGAGAUAGCCAGCAGAUCCUCAGCUCAAGCAAACAGUUUAAGUCAAAGGCUUGCUCGAUUUUUCCUUUCCUGGGGUAAAAAAUCUGAAACCUCCUAUAAGAAGUCGCGGAAGAAUAAUCGAUUCAGAUGA